UUUACAUUAAAAAAUAGUAUGUCCUUAACAUUUGGCUAUAUAUAUUAGACUGAGUGGUUUCUAACACUUUUUUUAAUAUAGCCCGCUCAAUUUUAUCAAAAAUGUUAACAGUAGGUACAUAAUAUUUUAUUUAAACUGGAGAAGUUGAAUUGUUGCAUAGUACGGGUUGAGUAUGCUUCUUCAUUGAGUGGGUGACACAACUAUUUAAGUGUUGUAUUACUUUUUAUUUCAAUGAUCAAUAAAUCAAUGCAUACAAAAAACUUUUUUAAGUGGAAACGUUAUGUGUGGAAGAUCCUGUCUUGGUGUUUGAAAAAUGUUUAAAAAUAUAUAAAAUUUAAUAUAAAUGGGACUGGUCCAUGGCCCAUGGUCUGCCAUAUAGGAUAGAUGUAUUUUAUGAACUAAAGAAAUAAUAUUUAAUUUUAAAUUGUUUUGGGUUUCAAGUUGGUGACUGCAGAACAUUUUGAAUUACAAACUAAAAAGAUUUUUUAUUUUUUUUUAAAUAAAUGCAUUUAUUAAUGCAAAUUAAUUAAUUUGUCAUUGGUUCAAACUAAAAGUAUUCUUCAUAUAUAGUUACUGAAAACAAAUACCAAUAGAUAAUACUGAGUUGUAUCAACACACAUAUUAUAUAUACUCAUAGGCGGAAAUCCAUUAAAAUUUUAGGGGGGCUAACAUUAUUAACAUCAAUUCGAUCCUAUAAAACUAAAAAAGUAGUGGGCUUGGCGGACUUUUGGAGGGCUGACGACACUAGCUUUAACUUUUAAGUACCUAGAUUAAGUGUAACCACGAAUUAAGAUAUUGAAGGUAUAUCUUAAUUCGUGGGUGUAACUGUGGUGUAAGAUGCCGGUGCGGUGGUAAAUUACAACUACAUUAUUAAUAAAUAACAACUAUUUUGGUUAUUAUGGAUACAACGAAAUAUAUGUUUUUGUUUAUGUUUUUCAACCACAGCAUCCGUUUACCUAAAAUGUUUUGGUUGAACCUAUCGAUAUUAAUCGUGACGACGGGUCAGUGGUGGGUUUACCGGGAAACAGUGUCGUCAGCGGCGGCAGUCGCCGGACAUGAUGAGCCGUACGACUACGGCUUCGGCAGCGCAGACAAUGACCGAUCGGAUUUAAGGUACCUCCAAAAACAAAUUGACAAUAUAAUGACGGUCUCGUCCAUCGGUCGACCGGCCGUCAGACACACACUUGGCGAUGUGCCGAAAGCUACCACGUCGCGGUCCCGGCUGUCUGCCGGCUUUUUCAAACAGCACCGUCCGAAUGCCAUCGACAAAAAUCACGCCGCGCGCCGUCGCUUCACGUACCGCCCGAAAGACGUCACCGUCGGCCGUGACGGUGCGGUAAACGCGAAAAACGUCACUAGCGACGACUACAUCGACGACGGCGGUCCGAAGACCACGAAAUCCACCGCCGCCGCACGAAUCCUGUUCGGCACCGAAAACGAGUGCGUGUCAACCAACCCCGGGCGGGCUUGCGUGUGUUACAUGACCGACUUUUUGGAUCUGAUCUGCCAAAGUUUGGAUGAGGCGGUGGUGGCUGGUGACGACGACGAAGACGAGACAGCCGCUUUACGGUGUCGGUCGUUCAAGCCUGUCCCGGCUGCGUUUGUCAUUUUUCCCGGUACUGUGGCUGGCGGGGACGGGACGAGUACGGCCACGACCGUUCCCGCGCUCGACUCAGCUGAUGUGAUGGUUGAGCGAAACGGUGGCAAACGCGGUGGCCGUGGCCGAGGUGGUGUCGGCGACGAAAAGGCUGUGGUAGCCGCCCCCGUGGGGAGGGAAAUAGAUUUUGACAAAAUUGUAAGCUACCAACUGGAGAAGUCCUCGGACGAUCACUACGCAGUGCAAUACGCUCUGGUCGGAAGCGAUGCCAAAGUCCAAUGUUUGAUCAACGGCAACGGAACAAGAAUGAAUGCUUUCAAAUGGGACUUUAAAAAGAGCAAAAAUACAACGAAUUCUACAGUAACUGGCGCAGACACGAAUAUCUUAUUGAUAUUGGGUUUGGAGCCCGGAGACAGCAAUAAUUACACUUGCAUACCAACAAUGGAUGCGGUCGGGGGCACUAGAAAUGGCACUUCCUACAAGCAUUACGUUGUAGGUAAAUAAUAUAUAUAUCAUAAUAUCAUUAAUAUUAUGUAACGGUGCUAAAUGAUAAUAAUGGUGAUUAUUAUUAUACUAAUAAUAAUAAAACGAACGCGUGUCUUCACAGUUCACACUAACUGAGGCUCUACAGAGCACAUAUAUUAUAAUAUCUGCUCAAAAAACAAUUUUAUUACCUCUAAAUUAGGUACAUUUUUGUUAUUUGUUACUAUUUUUAGUUUUAUAAAUAAUGUAAAAGGCAGUGUUUGUCAAGUUCCUCAUAAAAAGGAAUUAGUUCCGUUCCUCGUUCUUUUUUUUAAAAAAAGGAAUUCGUUCUGUCCCUUGUUCUUUAAAAAAAA